UAACCUCAACAAGGCCCGUGAUGAGAGGCGUAAGCUGCAUGAGCAGUAUUCCAAGCUCAUGGAUGGUCGUCGCAAGGCUAUGGAGGGCAUGUCUGACAUUUUUGAAGCCCGUGAGAAGUUGAACAAGGAGAUCAGGGCCAAAUACGGCCAGAUCAAGGAGCUCC